AUGUUGAGAGCAGGGCUGUCUCAGCCCCUGGUGGGAGACUACACCACCGGAGCAGCUCUUCACAUCUCCAUCUACCAGCUAACCCUUCUCCUUGGCACCCCCGCCCGAAGACACAGUGGCUUCCUGGCGGUAGGCAGGGUGCUGGUCGAGGUGCUAUCUAACAUGACUGACGCAACGCCCGGGACGCUGCUUGUCGCCGCCAUCUCCAUGGUGAUCCUGGUGGGAGGCAAGAUGGUGAAUCGACGCCUCAAGACCAAGUUACCCAUGCCCAUUCCAUGGGAGCUGCUGCUGUUGGAAUUGUCAGUUCAACACAGCGUCCAGGGAGUGGGAGCCAUCCUUACCAGUGUGUCCCCACCAACCAUCCCCUCUGUUUGUUCCUGCUCUGUCCUUGGCUGUGGUGGUAGGAUUUUGGGUAGGAUGUUUGCAAACAAACACGGGUACACCAUGAACAGCAACCAGGACCUGUUGGCAAUUGGACUCUGCAACACAAUUGGAGGGAUGUUCCAUUGUUUUGCUGUCAGUUGCUCUUUGUCACGCAGUACAGUCCAAGAGAGUGUCGGGGGGAAAACUCAGGUGGCGGGGCUUCUGUCUGCUUUGAUGAUGCUCAGCAUCCUGCUGAAGAUUGAACAUCUCUUUGAAAAGCUACCAAAAGCGGUGUUAGCAGGAAUAAUUCUGGUAAAUCUGCAUGGGAUUCGGGAUGUGCCAGUGCUCUGGGCUUUUGACCGCUUGGACCUGCUAGUGUGGGUGGCAACCCUAUUAUUCACCUUGUUGUUCAACCUGGAUCUUGGCCUUGCUGCUGAUGUGGCCUUCUCACUGAUCACUGUUGUCUAUAGGACUCAACUGAGUUAA